UCCGUGUCGCUGUCAUUAUUUUCCUGUGCCGUUCGGAAUUUCUGUGCGUUCGAAAAAGUUGAUGUUUUGUGUGUGUGUGGUGCUGCGGUGCCAACCAAAUCGGGACCGGAAAAGGGUCACAUUCCUUCUCCCGGCUGGACGGGGUGCUUCCUUUGUGUGCGAGCCUUAGUGCAGAGUUUGUUCGUGUGACGUGUGUGCUGGUCGCCAGGAACAGCCAGCCAGCCAGAGAGUGGUGCGGCACAACCGCAUCAGAAGUGAAAGACACGGCCGCUCUGUGUGUGUGAGUGUGUGUGCUGUGUGCAUAUAUUUCUUGAUUGUGAAAAAUAACACAAAAGUGGAGUGAAAAGAAAAGUGCGAACACCUUUCGUGGUCGUCCCAUCAUCAUUGGCAAGGAAGGUGACAUUGCGGUGGUUGACACUCCGCUCCAAGAAGCUUUCCACUCGCUUCCCCAGUCCCCAGGCGCGUGGGGGGGUGUGGGUGAGUGGUUUUUCCCCGUGGCUCCACAAAAUCGAUCGACCCGCAAACACCCGGAUCUGCGUUGAACCGUCUCUCCUGUUGGUGUGUUCGGCCCGUUCCACUUGCUGCGGCUGCCCGAGCGGCGGUGGUAGUGUUUGCGACCCAACACCACUCGACUAACACUUGAAAGGGUUGUGUGCGUGUGUGUUUGUGUGUGUGCCGAACCGUCUCUAGUCAGGUGUCCGGUGUUUCCGGUAAGCAGGAGGACCCAACAGCACAUUUUGCGCGUACCGUGUUGGUCGUUAUCCUUAGCCCUAUUGCUGCACACACGACGGCUCGUUCGUAGCAGAAACGGACGAACUUACAGACACACAGCUUACACACAAGCGAAAUUUAAACGAUUCUUCGCGAGUGAGAAGUAAAUGUUUCUUAUGCUUUUUUAGGAAGGAUUGUGAGAAUAGCAGUGUGUUUGUGUGGAAGGAUAAUAGCAGGCGGAAAAAACCUUGUCUGAAUUGAUCUAACGAUACGGCGGUCAAUCGUAGGCGGUGGGUGACUCGUCUUUGCAAAAGAAUUGGCAACAAGAAAGUGUUUUGUAUACGUGUGUGUGUAACCGGUUGUUAUCUAGUGUGUGUUUGUGUGUGUGAGAGGGAAAAUAAGGGAGUAAAAUAAAUCUCGGCCCCAUCCCGCCGUGGUGUGGAAAACGGGUCCCAGUGCUGGUGGUGGUGGUGGUGGAGACUGUGUGAUAGAUUUGUGUUUUCGGCACUGCCGCUACUUCCUGUGUUGGUGGUUGUUGUUCACACUUCAAGGAAAAGCAAUUCCUGUGCGUGUGGUGCUAUUUUUGGAACAAAUCCUGAAUUGAGCUAACCUAACGAAGGGAGAAACGUUUUGCGCUGUCAAACCACCAGCUACUACUGCGAGCGAGCGAAGCGACCGGAAGCCGUUCCAGAUCGUUGACGGCAACCGUCUCCCCGGUUUGUAGAACCCCGAGCGCGCACUCAAUCAACGGAUUUUUGGUUCAUUCUUCGGGACAGGUGUUAAGACAUAAAGACGGCCACCAUUGCGUUGACAGCUUCCGAACUAUGACGGGAUCUUCUGCAUUAUGACAAUAACAACCAUUGAGAAGCAAGUGAAUAAUAACUUCGGGGCUUCAACAUGAGCUCGCGUCACGCCUUCUACACCGUCGAGGUGGGCGACACCAAGUUUACCAUUCUAAAGCGAUACCAAAACCUGAAACCGAUCGGUUCCGGUGCUCAAGGCAUUGUAUGUGCCGCAUACGAUACAGUAACACAGCAGAACGUUGCCAUCAAAAAGCUAUCCAGACCUUUCCAAAAUGUCACUCACGCCAAACGAGCCUACAGGGAGUUUAAGCUUAUGAAAUUAGUCAAUCAUAAAAAUAUCAUUGGACUGCUGAACGCGUUCACGCCCCAGCGCACACUAGAAGAGUUCCAGGAUGUGUACCUGGUCAUGGAGCUUAUGGAUGCGAACCUCUGCCAGGUCAUACAGAUGGAUCUGGACCACGAGCGGAUGUCCUACCUACUCUACCAGAUGCUUUGCGGCAUCAAGCAUCUCCACUCGGCGGGAAUUAUUCACCGGGACUUGAAGCCCUCCAACAUUGUGGUAAAGUCGGACUGCACACUGAAAAUCCUCGACUUUGGGCUGGCCCGUACGGCCGGCACCACCUUCAUGAUGACGCCGUACGUCGUCACGCGGUACUACCGUGCGCCGGAGGUCAUCCUCGGGAUGGGGUACAAGGAGAACGUCGACAUCUGGUCGGUCGGCUGCAUCAUGGGGGAGAUGAUACGCGGCGGCGUCCUGUUCCCCGGUACAGAUCAUAUUGAUCAGUGGAAUAAAAUCAUUGAACAAUUGGGUACUCCGUCCCAGAACUUUAUGACGCGGUUGCAACCGACCGUGCGGAACUACGUGGAGAACAGGCCCCGCUACUCGGGGUACGCGUUCGAUCGGCUCUUCCCGGACGUGCUGUUCCCGACCGACUCGAACGAGCACAACCGACUGAAGGCUAGUCAGGCGCGGGAUCUGCUCAGCAGGAUGCUGGUGGUCGAUCCGGAGCACCGCAUCUCGGUCGACCAGGCGCUGGUGCACAGCUACAUCAACGUGUGGUUCGACGAGAGCGAAGUGAAUGCGCCCGCACCCGGCCCGUACGAUCACAGCGUGGACGAGCGCGAGCACACGGUCGAGCAGUGGAAGGAGCUGAUCUACCAGGAGGUGAUGGAGUACGAGGCGCGCAAUAAUCUGGCGGACGGGGAGGGCGCUCCACGGUAGAAACCAGAGGGCAGCUGUACCGCUCGGUCCGGUUCACAGCCAACUUCUUCCUCUUUAGCGACGGACGAGGCAGCAGGAGCAGCAACAACCGCACCACCACACCAACACUCGGUAGAAGAAGGAACGAUGACGACAACGGAGCAGGAGGAGCCUACUGCUGAGGAGUGAGGCGCCAGGCCACUCUUAGUUCCCUCUCCUCCACCCUGACGCGCGCACAUGCACAAGCAAGAACAAGUGAAAGCAAUAAUAUGCUACCUUUUUAGCAAACAAAAACCACCACCAUUAACCCUGGACCCCGGGAGAGACCUGACCCUCGGCUGAAGCUCAUCGGCUCACACGUGCGGCGUUGCGGUCAGUUUCAAGAGGGAAAACCAAGACACACACACACGCAACUAAGAAGUGUCCGGAUGCAAAUGCAACAGCAGAGGGAGCUAGAGAGAGAGAGAGAGAGAGAGAGAGAGAAAGAGAGAGUGAUAUGGUUUCAAGUAUCUAUCCUAGCGUAGAGAAAGGAAAAAAAGGGAGUUGCUGAAGUGAUGCCGGCAGCUGUGCGUCUUUUGGGUGGUGAUGGUAGUGUGUGUAUGUGUGUGUAUGUGUGUGUAUGUGUGGUGGGACAUUUCCCUUUGUACGUCGUCCUCUCUCUCUCUCUCUUUCUCUCUCUCUCUUCUAUAUCUGGUCAUAUGAAUAAGUGCAAUAAUGUGUCGUCCACGCGGCAGCCUGCUUGGGGGAAAAAGAGGAAGCAACAGUGGCAUGAAUGAGGAAUGAGAGAGAGAGGGAUAGAUCGAGAGAGAGAGAGAGAGAGAGAGAGAGAGAUAAAUAGAUCGAGAGAUCGAGAGAGAGAGAGAAAGAGAGAGCGAAAAAAGUGAUAUUUACAGCCUGACAAAGAACGAGAAUGUCCUUAGUAGAAAUUGCGAUCGGUGUCUGGUCGGUAUUCCGAAUGAUUAGUAACCGAGAAAAGUGAGAACAGAAGAGUAGAGCAGUCAAGCGAAUGAACCAGAACUACAGAAAACUCAAGAACUAGAGCGAGCGAGAGGGAACUGUGAAGACAAACGUUUAGUUGGAGUUUUAGGUUCAUAUUUCCGUUUUCAUCUCGUUUCGGGGUAAGUUUUCCCUUUUCUUUUGUUAUUAAUUGUUUCGCAAGUGCUCGAUCAACUACUGUCGAUAGUAGUAAUCACACAGAGUUCAAAGUUCAAACACUUUUUCCCCCGUAAACAGUGCAGUUAUCUGUUUGUUAUCUUAUUUCGCUCUUUAAUUGAAUUAUGGACCGAUGAUACAUCACCAUCGACGGAUUAGGCUGUUGUUGAUUUACCGAGAGCACUAAACGUUACGAACAAACUGAACUAUGGAUUCCAACACUGUAUAGCUGCAGUGCUCAAUACACAUACACACACACCCACUGCCCUCUAUAUUGAAUUUAAGAAGCAAACUCGAAACGACAAAGGCAAAGACACCGAACACAGACAGAAAGACAGCCUCAAAUAAUGGUUGAACCAAUACCACCACACACCCCGCACUCUCAGAAAAUCGAUGCAGAAAAGGAACAACAACACAAAACACGUACUUAAACCGACAGCCAGACACUAGAAGGGCGAAAAAGAGAUAGUUAAAGCAUCUUUGAUUCAGUUUAGGAGCAUACCACGCACCGAUAAAACGCUAAAAUUGACAACAACGGUACAGCAAAGUAAAACAAGGAAAAACAAGCAAAAAAAUGGAAGGUAUUGAUAAAUUAUUUGACUCACAGUAAGGAGACAGACACGCAUCCUUUCGGGAAGAGUUUAAGGAAGAUGUGGGGUGCGCGUCAAGUGUAUUUGUUAAUUGCAAACUCAUUUUGAAUAAAGACGUCGUCGGCAGUAAGGCAGUAAAUAUUACUUUAGUCUAUAUAUAUAUAUAUAAUUAAAUACCAUAAUACAAUAAUACCUUAUAAUGAAUAUAUGAUACCGUAGCAGGAAAUAUCCGUGUACAUAGCAAACAGCUCUAGUGUGUUCCCCUCACUUUGUAAUGCUAUAGAAAUGGGGUAGGGAAAAUGCGUACAGAGGAGCCGUGUGCGCGAGAAAGCGAGAGAGCGGCAGAUUUCGCAAAUAAUCAAGCUAAAUAAUUAUGGUUACUGGAAAAAGACUAUUACAAAAACAGCAGACUAUUGAAACGCAAUGCGCAGGAAGGAAGGAAGGGAGUCUCUCUUCCUUCUACCAAUUCUCAUCAUUUGUGUAGAGAGAGGUGAAAACAACUGACCGGCCGUGACACGCCAGGGUUUUGAAUCACACAUCAUACCCUUCACUCCUGGGGAUGGAAGAACAAGGGGACAUUAUGGGGAAACGCUGCUGUGUAUUGAGAGUGAUUAGUUCGAAUAAUGAAAACGAAAAGCAUCCUCGGAAUAGAUCGUAACACAACACAAGGACACACAUUAAUGAAACAAAUAUCCAAUUCUUCAAGCGCAAAACAAAACACACACACACAGCAGCAGACAGCAGCAGCUUUGUUUGUCUCCCCGUCGGCACAACACCUCCUCAACCCGUAUGCUGCAACAUUCUAUGAAAAGGAAAAAGGAAAACCCCCCCCCCCUCUAUUUCUCUAAACUAAUCGAACGUUAAUUGCGGUUUAAAGUUUUUCCACCCGCUCUCUUCUCAAUCGUAUCAACAGUCGAAGGAAAACAAACGUGGAAAAUGAAGAAGAAAAACGAGUGUAGUAGGAAAAAUUAAAACAUUAAAACGAAAAGCAGCAGCAAAAAACAUAAACAUUACGAACAAACAAACAAAACACACUCUAAAGCAAAGCAAACAAUUUAGUGCAAAAUAGAGCGCAAGCAAUUCGUACACACACACUCGGACACAGAAAAAUAGAGAAAAAGGACUCGGAGUAAGAUGAAUGCGUGUGUGGUAAAGAAAUUAAACAAAAAAAAACAAAACAUUAAGCAAGCUUACAUGAAAAGAAAAAAAAACAAACAAAUAACCAAAAACAAAACAAAUAAAAGAAAAAAUGAAACACAGAGAGAAAAGGAGAGAGAGACAAAAGAGAAGAAGCACACAUUUGAAGCAAAAGAAGAAGAAGAAGAAAACAAGAUGGUACAGUUUUACGAAUCCGCCCUUUUUAUAAAAACAAAAGUUAAAGGUGAAGCAGUCGUUAGAAGGGGAAAACAAUUUGCUGAAACAUAAAACAUAAAAUAACGGAGAAGAAAAAAAGCAGAAAAAUAUGUCCCAAAAACAAACAAAAAAAAAAACAUUGUAUUGUCCGCUAAAACUACAAGCUAAAACAACAACAGAAACAGAACAAACACUUGUUCACAAACACUGGUUUGCUCCUCCCGUUGGGAUGCCCGCGCGCGCGCCCCUUUCAGUGAAGAAAUAGGAUGAUCCAAGGGGGAUUAUUUUUGACAAUGCGCGGUGGGGGGAGGGGGAGAGGUGAAACGUUCACACACACACAGACACAAACUACGCUACAUAUGGCUUAGGAAUAAACUAAUAAUAUUGUGGAUUUAUAAGUAGAAGCUUUCCGAAUUACGAAGAAAAACUCAAACACACAGUCAUACAGAAACUCGAGUUCUUCUCUACUUAAGCGUACAUCUUCUCGACUCUUUACAACCUGCGUAGUGAAGGGGGUGAAUUGAUCGUAAUGAUCCUAUUUGCAGAGUAAUAGUAACAUACACGGGACAUACACACACACCUAGUGACAAUCGCUUCAACUUUUGGUCGCCUCAGUACACAGUUCUGCCUUCCUCAUCAGCAAUAGAAGAAAAGCGUCCGGUUGGGACCCGAAAGACGUUCGAAAGGAUCAGUCGAAUGGAAUUACAAAAACACAAACACACACACUCUUUCAUGCGUCCAUAGUCGAAGCAAAGCGCGGGGAAGUGCUGCUUACCAUGAUAUAUUCGUAGCUCUAAACACUUAUAAAAGCAACACCACAGCAAAACAAAGCCACUACUAUAUAGAGAGCGAGAGAAUGAUAAAGAGAGCAACAAAACGUACAUACACAUAGUAGAAACAGACAACAGCAACCACAAAACUAAUGUGAACUUACUUACCUCUCUCCAACAAAAUCUCAUUCCCUUUUAGCUCGUUUGUUAGAAACAGAUUAAAAAAAACAGCAAAACAGAGAGAAACAACCCCCCUUAAUAAUAGAGAAUAAAGGAGAGUGACCGUCGCAACCCAGCUCGCAACUAAGCUCGUAGUGCAAACCAACACACAGAAAGCAAUAGCAAAAUAUGCUGGAUUAUCAUCAUCUGCAUCCGUUAAUCCAUCUUUUCCGGUGCGUUUUGUUCGUAUUUUUCCCUUCGCUCGGUGCCUGGGACGUAAGCGAAAGUUCCCCAGUCCCCAGUGGCGGGGGGAAAUAGGCAAUAGGUACUGCACCCGCCAUACAAGCCUCUAAUUAGGAGCAGGCAUUAGCAUUAUGCAUUUGCAAGCGAUUGGGAUAGAGAAAGAGAGAGAGAGAGAGAGAGAGAGAGAGAGAGUUGUGUCUGUUAUUAUAAAUCGAAUGAAGAAGAUAACAAAAUUGACUAAAGAGAAAGAGAAAGAAGAAAAAACACAUCUAGAUAAAAGAAAACAGACGCGCCUCCAUGUGUGUAUACUUGUACUGGCAGGAAAAAAAGGAAAAUAAAUUCAAAAAAAGAAGAAAAGAAUACAUGAAGAACUACCAAGAUUAUAAAAGCGUAAUAAAUGAUUUCGUGAGAGUGAUAACAAAACAUAACAAACAAAAAAGAAUAAAACAAAACACACACAGAUACACACACACACUGGCAAAAGGAGCAAAAAGUAAGGGAACUCCAAAAAGCAAAAACAAAAAGAUAUUAAAAAUGAAAGCAAAGGAAGAGCAAACAAACGGAAGAAAAUGACAUACCAGUUAGGCUCUCAACCGCUCCACCCCUCCCGAAAGCCAUGUGUGCUACAGUGGAAAUUAAAACAAGCAGAUAUAUAAAUAAAAGCAUAAUUUAGCAAGAGCAGCUGGGAAGAAGGAAGGAAGAAAAGAACAGCAACAAAAAAA